CUGCGCUCCUCUCCUCUGCAAACCACAUUCAAUCACAAGUCACAAGAUUUCAUUGCUGAAGAAGGAAUUACUUUCUGCAGCAGAUUUCAUUUCUUUCACAUAAUUUAUUAAUCCAAAAAUGGCUUCCCGUUUUUCUAAUGCCAAGAUCGUAUCUUCUUUCAUCGCCAACACAGUCUGCCCUGUUGUCACCAGGAGAGGAUAUGCGGCGGCAAGCAGUGUGAGAGGAGGAGCGGUGGCUCCAAAUAUGAUUUUAAAGAAGGGAAUUGAUGAAUCAACAAAGACAUCAUGGGUACCUGACCCGGUGACCGGAUAUUACCGGCCGGAGAAUGAAGCCAAGGAGAUUGACGCCGCUGAGUUGCGGGCACAGCACUUGAAGAACACAACCAGUAGCCACUAAAUCGAAGAAUUAUUACAAUCUGAUUUUGGCUCCAUUUAUUCUACUAAUUAAAUGGAAUCCAUUGUUUUUCGUCAGAAAUUGUUCUACUGUUAUUGAAUUGAAUAUGUGCACUGAAUUGUUGUACGUCCUCAGCCAUUCUUGUGCUAUUAAUGAAUUUGAAUUUCAUAGCAAUUUUAAGCA